AUGCACGAUUUCCGCCUCCCUUCUCCACCCCAUUCAGUUCUUUUCGCUCGCUGGCUAGCUCGCCCUCCCGCCCGCCCGCCCGCCUGGCUGCCCUCACGAAGGGCGGUAAUUCUUGCGUUGGAGCGCCACGAUCCAGACAAAGAGAAUUGUCGAGGCAGCGCGUCCAACAUCAAACAGGGUUGCGACACACAGACAGCCGCCGCCACCACCUCCUCCGCCUCCGUGAUAGAUUAUCUCUCCACUAAAGACGAACGCGGCGAUGUCGCGCAGUUGAGACCGGAAACAGAAUUCUAUCAGAAAUUCAUUAUUUUACUGUAA